GCGCAAGCACUCUAGAAGGCUCGAAAAGCAGUAGAAUAGCACGACAAGGUGCGCUAUAUAUUUGAACAAGAAGGAAGCGAGCUGGCCUCGCUAUCAAGCGCAUGGAACAUGAUAGAGAUGUCGAGCGGAAUCGGUGCCACAGCCAUGGGAAUAGGCGUUAGUCACGGAAGCGCGGGUAGUGGCGGUGGAGGCGGGGGUGUCAGUGACUCGUCCGGUGGCGGAUGUCGGCUACGGGCCCAAAGCCAGAGUCAGGCCUCCACGGGAUCCUCAAACCAGCAGCGGGGCAGUAAUAAUUCUGGUCAACCCCAAGGGCAACAACAGCAGGUCCAACAGCAGCAACGACACGGAGUCAUGGGCAGAUCCAAGAAGGACAACUGCUGUUUAUGUUGGUGCUGCUGCUGCAGUUGCUCGAAUAAAUGUUUAGCGGCUGUCGGCACUGGCGGUUCUGGCGGUGCGGCGUCAAUGCGUCCUGGUGCUGGAGGUGGCCUCGGAGCCGGUGAUCACGGGAGCUCUGCUGGCCUCGUCGGCGAGCUCGCAACCGCUGGCGCGGGGAAUGGCUUCGAUGGCGAUAUCGGCGACAUCGGCAUGGAAGAGAUUCGCUCCUGGAGUUCUUCCUUCGACCGUCUGAUGCGCAACCCCGUUGGCAGGAAGCUUUUCAGAGAAUUUCUAGUGAGCGAGUACAGCGAUGAGAACAUCGCCUUUUGGUUGGCUUGCGAGCAACUCAAGCGCGAGAGUAAUCCGGAGAAAAUCGAAGAAAAGGCGCGGUUCAUCUACGAGGAUUACAUAUCGAUUAUUUCGCCUAAGGAAGUGAGUCUGGACUCGCGAGUGCGUGAAAUCGUCAAUCGCAACAUGACUCGACCCACGCCUCACACCUUCGACGAGGCCCAACUGCAGAUCUACACUCUCAUGCACCGCGACUCGUACCCGCGUUUCGUUAAUAGUGAGCUCUACCAGCGGGUAGCGCGAAUCAACAGUGGUCCGCCCAGUCCCUGCAUCGAACCCGGGGAUGGGACCAGCGUCACUGCCGUCAGCGCCACCUCAUCCUCACAGCCCCGCAAGCCGAAGAAGUCCAUCACGUAAUGGGUUACGAACGUAAUUGUUGGAUAUAUCUUCAGCGGCAUAUAUUCUGAUGUCAGACAAAUUGACACGGGCAUAUACAUGUCAAGAAAUACCAAAAUGCAAAAAACAAUAAAAAGUGUAAAAAAUCAUAUGACAUAUAUGUAUUAUAUUUAUU